AACAGCGCGCACACGACUAAAUAAAUACGAGACAAAAUAAAAAAUCCGAUGAAUUUUAUAUAAAAAGAGAAAACAACAAAACGGAAUAUGGAGAACAAAACAAAAGUUACAAUGACAUUUGUUGUGUUUAAUAAAUAAAUCAGCUGGCGUUUCAAAAAAAAAAAAUAAAGGAAAGAAUUAAAAAAAAAUUAUACAUAUAAAAUUGUAUCUUUUUCCAAUACAUAAUAAGAUACUGUAUGCGAUUUUAGUCAACUAUUCCCAAAUUGCUGCACUGAUUGAUUUGAAAAUUUCUUAUCCAGAAAGUAUUUUUAUUUGUUUGUAAAAAAAAUUAACUGUAGAAAGGGAAGAAUAUUUUUUGAUUAUAAAAUUGCAUUUACAAAGGAAAGCAGGAGUUAGAAACGGGUAGUGCUCCAGCUAGUUCGCAACAAUGGACAUUAAUCAAGAAGUUAUACCUUUAAGCUACAAAUUUCAUAGUCUAACAAAUUUAUAUAAAGGUUCCACAGAAACAAAUAUAAAACUUGAAAUCUACGAAUAUGGGCCUGAUGCUUUAGAAGUUAAAUUAAUAAAUACAAACUAUCAAAUGCAAUGGACAGCAUUAAAGAAGCAAUUUUUGUAUUUCAUUCUAUCAUUCUCAGCAUAUGUCGCAAAUUUCGUAUUAAAAUCAUAUCAUUUAGCCUAUAUUGAUACAAUCUUUAUAAUAUGGCUAGUACCAUUGUUAUGGCGUCUUAGCCGUCUGGUGGAGUAUGAAAAAUUUAUUUUUUGUUAUGAUUUUGGUUUACACUUGCAAAUACAAAAAUGUAUGGGCCAGAAAAAUAGAUUUGUGGCUGCCUGUAACAUACACGACAUAGUUAUCAAUGAAGUUUUAGAAGAUUUGGAUUUUCGUUAUUUACUUAUUUUAAGAACUAAAGGCAAAGUAUUUGUUAACAAACCAAUAAUUCCUAUAUUCACCGUAUUUAAACCUUCUUAUGACUGCUUAUGUUUAGUAUAUAAACAUCUUAAUAAAGUAAUGUCGAUUAAUAAAUAAAAUGCAUAUAAUUA